UCCGGGAGCUGCGGCGGAAAGCUCAACCAGGAACCCGGAAAUGCACAAGCCUCUUGAUGCAUAAAAACAGCUGGGCUCCCUUGGAGACAGCGCGCCAUGGGAAACCGGGUCUGCUGCGGAGGAAGCUGGAGCUGCCCAUCAACUUUCCAGAAGAAAAAGAAAACAGGAAGCCAAGCAAGACGGACACUGAAGCCACAGCCACGACAGCUGCAGCAGAAUGGCCCAAAGGGCCAUGAAACAACAGGACACACGUAUGAGCGGGUGUUACAGCAGCAAGGGUCUCAAGAGAGGAGUCCAGGCCUCAUGUGGGAAGACAGCAACUUACAUUAUGCUGACAUUCAAGUGUGCAGCCGUCCCCAUUCCUGGGAAGCGAAACAAGUGCAUUUAGAAGAUGCUACAGAGUAUGCAACCCUUCGCUUCCCCCAGGCCACACCUCGCUAUGACAGCAAGAACGGGACCCUGGUGUGAGCCUUGGGGAGGAAGGCCCAGUCCAUCGUUAACCACUACUCCUGUGGGGGAGAAUCUACAGCUUUGGGGAACUGGGUGGCAACCCAGGGAUGUUGGCCACGUUUUAAGCUUAAAGAACUCCAAAGCCCCUGGAAUUGUGAGCGUCCCAGUUUCUCCCCUGGCCUCUUACUUGCCACUGUUAGGUUGGAGUUAUAGUUGGUUUAGCUAUGAAUGGAUAGCUAAACUUAGCUAGCCACAUGAGGUUAGGUGGAGUGUGCAGGGAGGUAGGUCUUCGACCUCACCAUUGUUGCUCCUGCUCUUGAAAAGUGCAGAAAGAGCAGGUUAAAAGUUAGCCUAUAAGCACGUGAGCUGAUCUUGUCGGACUUUAAUUAAUGGUAUCCUUUUUCACACACCUUAAACUCCAAAGCUGAAGGGGAGGUGCUCUGGAAAAGCAUUCUGAGCUUUUACAUUCAGACACCAGGGCUGGCUUGGGCUGAGUCAGGUUCCAGACCUUAACAGACAAAUGGGGGAAGGGGGCUGAGGCGUGGAGGAAGCGCUCUCCAACCAUGGGCCUACAGGACCUCAAGACACUGAUAACCGACAGCACAGCGAGGCCGGGAAACUUCCCUCGGAGGGACUGUUGGCUCUCGCAGGUGCGGGGCCGCUAGGAUCAAUAAAUGGCCUGAGAAACA